AUGCCGCCACGCCUUAACCUCUUACCCACAGCCAUCACCGCCUUCCAAUCCCAAGCCUUCCUCCCGUACUCCUCUCUGCUCCGCCCAUCCACUGUGUCCCAACAAUGUACCGCGUCUAGAUCGCCGUCGUUGUUAUCUAGCAGCCACGACAGGGGCAUCCGCGCCCUUUCAACCAAGAGGGACCUCCUACUCCGCCAGCGCGGUGGUGCGGUACUGGCACACCGGCCCUGUGUUUCGUCUUCGCAGCGCCGGAUGGAGUCUUCGUCUUCGAAAGCUGGCGCUGGGAUAGGUGAGGGGAAGGCGGGGAGGAUUGCUGAUGAGAAGAUUGAGGCUGUGAAGAGAUCAGAAUCGGAAGCGGCGAAGGAGGGGCUAGGCAGUGUUAGUGAGGAGGCUGCGGAGUUGGCAAGGAUUAUGGAGCGGAGGACGGAGUGCGGGGAGGUGGGGGAGCCGGAGUUGUCACAGGGUAGUAUGGUUGGGGAUAUCUUGAAGCGGGAUAAAGAUGCAUUGAAAAAUGCACCAAAAGUUCUGCGGGACCAACUGAGCUCCUCUUCAUCGUCCUCGUCCUCUGGCUCCAGGUCCUUUUCCACAUCUGCUAGGUCGAGACAGCUCCAUAUGAACCAGAUAUCACCGGUGGGUGAGAACGAUGCGUUGAUCGCCGCUGCCACCGAGCGGAAGUAUGAUCAAGCAAGGCGUGAAGGCCUAAAAUUCGAUGUGCCCGAAACACUACCCAGAUCCGAGCAUCUGAAGCACCGCUACGACCCAUUAUUAGACCAGUUUACAAAAAUGCUCAUGAGGCAUGGAAAAUUGAGUGCUGCGCAGAAGCAGCAAAUGGAUGCAAUCCUCCACAACCUGCGUUCCGCCCCAGCACCCAACAUAGACCCGUCACGCCCCUUACUCCCCGGGCCCCCGAGCCCCCAACUACCUCUAAACCCAAUCCUCUACCUAACCCUGGUCGUUGACUCCGUGGCGCCACUGCUCCGCAUCAAGCAACAGCCUGGCGCGGCAGGAGGUGGCCGCUCGCUCCCAAUCCCUCUGCCGCUGGCGCUCCGCCAACGCCGGCGCACAGCUAUUAAGUGGAUUAUUGAUGCGUCUGAGAAACGGAAGGAUGCUGCGUUGGCGAAUCGGGUGGCGCAGGAGAUUAUUGCGGUGGCGGAGGGGAAGAGUUCGGUGUGGGAUAAGAGGGGGGUGGUUCAUAAGCAAGGCACCGCGUCGAGGGCGAAUAUAAAGGCGUUGGGUAUGAAGGGGAGGAAGAAGUUUUAG